CGCUCCAACAUGUUGGCAGGAGGAGGCGGAGGAGGAUGCUGCGCUCAAACCUUGGUGCGUUCUUUCCACCUCUCCGGUCGGCGCACGGUGCCUCUGACUCAGAGCCGCCGUUCACUUGUAUCCACCUGAAGGACUUAAGUAGGGAGGAGGGCGGGGAGGUCUCCAAGGUUCCUCAGGAGACCCGGAGCACUCACACCAGGGUACCCAGGAGGAGCAAUAGCAGCAGGAGGAAAGUGGAGCACAGCAACUGCCCCUCAUCUGUGGUGGAAACUAUUACCUCAGACGUCACCGUCUCCUCUGGUUUCCCAGCCGCUUCUCCCUUCUCGGCUCCAAGAUCCAUGUGGCAGGAGGCAAUAAGGGGGAAGCGGUACCUCCUGGACCGGGCCGGGGCAUCCGGCGAGGGGGUUAAAGGAGGUCAGGAGAAGAGGAGCAGAUCCCGGGACUGGCUGUAUGAGUCCUACUACUGUAUGAGCCAGCAGCAUCCUCUCAUUGUGUUCCUGCUUCUUAUAGUGAUGGGAGCAUGCCUGGCUCUGCUGACGGUGUUCUUUGCAUCGGGGCUGAACGUUGAGGACCACAUGGCCUUUGUAAUCACGGUGCCCACGGCGCUGGCGAUCUUCCUGGCUGUGUUUGUUUUGGUCUGCAUUGAAUCCAUUUUCAAGAAGCUCCUUCAAGUUUUCUCCCUUGUUAUCUGGGCCUGCUUGGUUGCCAUGGGCUACCUUUUUAUGUUUUCCGGUGGGAUUGUCUGUCCGUGGGACCAGGUGUCCUUCUUCUUAUUCAUUGUUUUUGUGGUUUACACAAUGCUGCCAUUCUCCAUGCGGGACGCCAUCAUCGCCAGCGUCCUCACCUCUGUUUCUCACACUGUUGUGUUGAGUGCCUGCUUGUCCACCACAUCUGACCACAUGGAACCUGUGGUAUGGCAGAUUUUGGCCAAUAUCAUUAUUUUCAUGUGUGGCAACAUGGCAGGGGCAUACCACAAACAUCUGAUGGAGUUGGCACUCAAACAGACCUACCAGGACACCUGCAACUGCAUCAAAUCCCCCAUUAAACUGGAAUUUGAGAAGCGACAGCAGGAACGUCUGCUGUUGUCACUGCUGCCAGCGCACAUUGCCCGUGUGAUGAAGGCAGAGAUCAUCCAGAGACUAAAAGGACCUAAUUUUGGACAAAUAGAGAACACAAACAAUUUUCACAACCUCUAUGUUCAGAGACACACUAAUGUCAGCAUACUGUACGCUGAUAUAGUUGGAUUCACACGCCUUGCCAGUGACUGCUCACCUGGAGAGUUGGUGCACAUGCUCAAUGAAUUGUUUGGCAAAUUUGACCAAAUUGCCAAGGAAAAUGAAUGUAUGCGGAUAAAAAUCCUUGGGGAUUGUUACUACUGUGUAUCUGGAUUGCCAGAAUCUCUGCCAAACCAUGCCAAGAACUGUGUCAAGAUGGGCUUGGACAUGUGUGAGGCCAUCAAGAAAGUGCGCGAUGCCACAGGGGUUGACAUCAAUAUGCGUGUUGGCGUGCAUUCAGGGAACGUUCUGUGUGGUGUGAUUGGACUUCAGAAAUGGCAGUAUGAUGUCUGGUCACAUGAUGUCACGCUGGCCAAUCAUAUGGAAGCGGGAGGCGUGCCUGGGCGAGUGCACAUCACUUCAGUCACACUAGAGCACUUAAAUGGUGCCUACAAGGUAGAAGAUGGGGAUGGACAAGAGAGAGAUCCAUAUCUGAAAGAACAUGGAGUCAUCACAUAUCUGGUUAUUAACCCAAAGGUGGAGCGGCGCAGUCCGCAGCAUCACUACAGGCCCAGACAUACUCUGUAUGGAGCAAAGAUGAGAGCCUCUGUUAGGAUGACCCGCUAUCUGGAAUCCUGGGGUGCAGCCAAGCCUUUUGCCAACCUGCACCACAGGGACAGCAUGACCAACGAGAAUGGAAAGAUCAACACCGCUGACGUGCCAAUGGGACAGUAUCAUUUCCAGAGGAGAUCUGAAAGGACAAAGUCUCAGAAGAAACGGUUUGAGGAGGAGCUUAAUGAAAGAAUGAUCAGAACCUUUGAUGGCAUAAAUUCACAAAAGCAGUGGCUCAAGUCUGAGGACAUCAAAAGAAUAUCAUUGUUCUUUCACAACAAGUCCUUGGAAAAGGAGUACAGAACAACAAUCUUGCCAGCCUUCAAAUAUUAUGUCACCUGCGCCUGUCUCAUCUUUUCCUGCAUUUUCAUUGUGCAGAUUCUUGUCUUGCCAAAGACCGCAAUCUUGGGGAUAUCCUUUGGUAUGGCAUUCUUUAUCCUUUCCCUGAUUGUCUUCGUAUGUUUCAUCGGACACUUCCUGCACUGGAGCAAGAGUGCCCCCACUUCAUGGAUGUGGCUGCUAAGGUACUCUGUCAUUAUUGCCAACAAGCCCUGGCCGCGUAUUACACUCACCCUGACAACCACAGCGCUCAUACUAACGAUGGCAGUCUUCAACAUGUUCUUUUUGGAUGACAAUGUGUUGCCAGAAGUUCCUAUUUACAAUUCUUCCAAUGAAACGCAACUUUACCCAAAUGGACAAGCAGCUGCUUUUGCUGACAAAAACAACUUUUACCUUCCUUAUUUAAUUUACAGCUGCAUCCUGGGCCUGAUCUCCUGCUCGGUGUUUCUGAGGAUAAACUAUGAGCUCAAAAUGAUCACCAUGUUGACAGCAGUGGUGGUUUACAACAUCAUAAUUCUGCAAACACACGCUUCCCUGCUGGAUGAGUACAGCAGAUUCCUGUACAAAUCAGAAAGCCUGGACAGACCAGGAGUCCUCAAAGACCUGAAGACUAUGGGGUCUAUCUCACUCUUCAUCUUCUUCAUCACUCUACUCGUGCUUGCUCGGCAGAAUGAAUAUUACUGUAGGUUAGACUUUUUGUGGAAGAACAAGUUCAAGAAGGAGUGCGAGGAGAUCGAAACCAUGGAGAACCUUAACAGGGUCUUGUUGGAGAAUGUCCUCCCCGCACACGUUGCUGAGCACUUCUUGGCACGGAACUGGAAGAAUGAGGAUUUGUACCACCAAUCAUACGAUGUGGUGUGCGUCAUGUUUGCCUCCAUCCCAGACUUUAAAGAGUUUUACACAGAAUCUGACGUCAACAAGGAAGGAUUGGAGUGUCUCAGGCUGCUUAAUGAGAUCAUCGCUGACUUUGAUGAGCUGCUGUCGAAGCCUAAAUUCAGUGGUGUAGAAAAGAUUAAAACUAUUGGAAGCACAUACAUGGCUGCUACAGGGCUCAAUGCCUCACCUGGACCAGAGUACCCAUCACAGGAACAUGACCGGCAGUACAUGCACAUUGGGACCAUGGUGGAGUUUGCUUUUGCUUUGGUGGGGAAGCUGGAUGUUAUCAACAAACACUCCUUCAAUGACUUUAAACUGCGAGUUGGUAUUAACCAUGGUCCAGUGAUCGCUGGAGUCAUUGGAGCACAGAAACCACAGUAUGAUAUCUGGGGGAACACAGUGAAUGUAGCCAGCAGAAUGGACAGCACAGGAGUCCUGGGGAAAAUACAGGUGACAGAGGAGACGAGUCGCAUCCUCCUGACGCUGGGCUACGUGUGCUCUUGUAGAGGCAUCAUUAACGUCAAGGGCAAAGGAGAGCUCAAGACCUUCUUUGUUCACACAGAAAUGACCCGGUCACUGUCCCAAGGGAAUAUGAUGCCAUGAGACAUGAGAUUUUUUGAGCUGCACAGCCAACUUUGAUGUCAAUUUGGAGACUUUUGAGCAUCUCAUUUGCAGCAAAACAGUGAAAAUAACAGAUCUGCUCUGAGAAGACAAAAAACUUUUGCAUUCCCAGUAAAACAUGUUGCAGCUGUAGUAUAUAUUUUGCACUUAUCUAAGUGUAAGAGGAGAACAUGUAUCUUAAUGCAACCAAACAAAACAUGGACUUGCAACCUAAGAAAUGAUUUGCAAAGUUAAUUUAAAAAAAAAAAACUUUAUAUAUAUAUAUAUAUAUAUAUAUAUAUAUAUAUAUAUAUGUAUAUAUAUAUAUAUAAGGGGUGUGAGAAAAAAUCGAUUCAGAAUCGAUUCUCAUUUUUAAAAAUUCGAAUCGUGACCCCUAGAAUCGAUAUUGAAUCGAAUCGUGGGACACCCAAAGAUUCACAGCCCUAAUAUAUAUAUAUAUAUAUAUAUUUAGAUACUUUUUUUUUUCUUUGGUUUCAAUAUUUUCCUGGGGGUAGGCUCAACUUCUAUCUUGUGGGCUGGGCCUCUUUUGAACAAUAUGUUAUAAGCCAUUUUAUUAGGCAGUCUCGGAUAUUGGUAAGACAUAUGGGCGUGGCUGCUGAUGACUUCAGCUCAACACAUUUAGAGGGAAUACGAUGUGUGAAUGUUGUCCUGUGAAUGUUGUCUGUCUAUCUGUGUCGGCCCUGCGAUGAGGUGGCGACUUGUCCAGGGUGUGCCCCGCCUUCCGCCCAAAUGCAGCUGAGAUAGGCUCCAGCACCCCCCGCUACCCCAAAAAAGAGAAAGCGGUAGGAAAUGGAUGGAUGGAUGGAAGAUCAAAGACAAGGGGUGGACGAAACUGACCAAUAAAAAUGAUUCUAACAUAUUGUUCAGAGGAGGUCACGUCUAAAGGCUCAAGUUGAGUUAAACCAAAAAAAUAUAUAAAAAAUUGCAAACAGAAAACAUAAAAAAAUUAAAAUUUGCAAACAAAAAAAUAUUUGGAAAAAAAACAAAAGAUUAAAAAAAAAAAUUUUUGUAACCAAAAAACGGAUUUAGAACCAUAUAUUUUGGAUUAAAAAUACAUAUUUUUUCAAUUUCAAAUAUUUCAUUUGUGUUCGAAAAUCUUUUUUUUUUUGUUGGAAAUCAUUUUUUGUUUGGUUGCAUAAAAUAAAGAAGAUCAAAUGUAGCAUGUACCAGGUUACCAAUAAAACCAUUAAAUGUAUUAGAUUUUUGGAAUGAGUGAAGCCAAAGUGGCAUGGAUCAGUCCCAACAAGCGACUUUUUCUUCAAAAAGAAUACAUAAUGUAUGGCUGACUCAAUUCUGGCAGCCUUUUGAAGAGGAAAGAGCUGUCAAUCAACAAAUGAAUCCCUGUUCCAUUCACUUUACAGCUGUUGGAUUACAGCUGAUGUAUGACGCAAAGAACGGGGACAAGAAGAAAUGCUUUUGUUCGGCAUCGGAAAAGAUUUUCAGUUUGACUUUAGUUUUAAUUAAAUGAAACAUGGAAGACAUGUUCUUAAAAUGAAGGCUACAAAAGGAGUAAUGCAUGACUACAGUUUCAAAAUUAAGAGACACAUGUUUAUAGAACUCCAUCUACCUUGGAAGCACGGAGACUUGAAUGUAAAAAGUGUUCCGCAAAGCUCUUUUCACACUUAAAUCAGAUUGUCAUUAUUGGCUGUUUGCACAAAACAAGGUUAAAAAGCAGAUAAAUGUAACAUUGCAAUAGCGAAAUUCUUCAAAAUGCUUUAAGUGUGACAAUAAGUGGGCCUGCUGGUAUGUACAGGGUAGCUUUAGAGAACAGUGACAUGUUACAGUGCUUUUGUACGAAAAGACAAAACACAAAAUGUGUUUUCAUGUUUUAAUGAUGCUAUUUUUUUUCUUUGUUUUUUUUUGUAAAAAUGCCAUUAAAUUUCUAUGUAUUUCA